AUGGUGCCACUGGAAUAUAAUCAAAAACUGUUGGAGCUAUUUGGCUUCUGUCCAAACGCUGACGGUGGUUCGCUUAUUUUAACAUUUGUAAAACGUAUUACGAUGCUUUGGAUAACUGUUGGAAUGGAUCUUAUACCAACUUGUCAUUUCCUCUACGCGCAUUUUGAUAACCCAGAACUUCUAAUAGCCGCCAUAUCUCCGAUUACUGGAUUCAUUGUCGUUAUAAUUUCGUAUCUCACAUUCGUCGUGGAAGGGAAACGCGCCAUUCACACAUUUACCUACCUCAGAGCAUUGGUGAAUGAACUUCUAUCCAUUGUUUUUAGUGCACAGCAAAUUAUUGUGGACUGGAUGAACGAUGAUAUUGACCCAACACGCUGGACCAUUACUUAUAAGAUCAGCACUCUAUACAAUCAACACACGGCCUUGGGAUUCUUUCUCGUGAAUUUGCAGAAGUGUAUAACGGUUUCAGCUUAUUUUAUCAUUCUAACGCUGGUGCCGGCGUACUUCAUGAGCAUUUGCUUUUAUAUCGAAGCGAUUUGUGAUGAUUUCGAAAUGGUUAUCCUUGAACUAGACAACACGGAAAGUGUUGGACACGAUGCAAUGAGGUCAACAUUCAUCACAGUCAUUAAUCUUCAAAUUUAUGCAGCGAACCUAUUCAAGCAAAUGGCCAAAGUCGUUACGGGAACCGUAUUUGUUCAAGUCGUUGGUGAUACCAUUUUCACAUCGACCACAUUGUUCCAGCUUCAAAUGGUAACGCUUUAA